AUGGGAAAUUGCAUUGAUAUGCCAAGCUACCCUUGGAUAAGUCGGGGCACCAAGCAAAGAAGGAACAGGGCCAAUCAAGAGACACCAAGUGAGGUAGAGGGCCAGAACAGAACAUGGCACUCUCUUGGUGGUUUGCGCGGCGCCGUGCCGGGAGCAGGAUUAGUAGCGAAAAGCACUGCUGUAUUCACCGAUCUGGAAACAGCCGUACAGCUAUCCGCAACUACCAAGGAGGUUGAGUCAAGCUCUGAAGAUCUGUCAUCGGUACCGUUCGUCCCGCAGCCUCGGUCGUUUUUACAAGCCCACCCCACAAUUUCUCGUCUUCCCUUCCCCAACUACAUCCCACUGGCCGAUAGAGACGAGGCUCGGGAAAAUGGAUGGUUGGUGACCGACGAAGAGAACUGUUCCCAAGAAGCUGCUUUCUUCUUCACCCAAUGGGCUACUGCCAACCGAGUCUUCCAUCGUCCGUACUCAUCACUGAUGGAUUUCUGCGGAGUACACAAAAUGACGCCACCGAGUCCUUUCAUGAGUUUCGCCACACAAAUCGGAUGGUGUCCACCUACAGGACGCUGCUGGGGCAUCCGCCUUUUCCUUGAGCCACAGAGUCGCAAUAGUGCACCACUUCCCCAUGUUGCCGCGGUGGCUUACCAGCCAAUGAAUGCCAGAGAUGGCUCAAUAUUGGGUGGUGAGCUCGUUGCCAUUCUUUCAAUUAUGCAUAGCCGUGUCAAGGAGCCCAAAGUGGAGAGUGAGGAGGUGAUGGAAGGUCUAUCUGAUAUGAAUGAGCAAGAGCUUGAAGAUCUUUCCAAGAAAAGCCCAGCCUUCCCAGAUGAACAGAAGUUUCCAGUCCUACUCGUGUCCUUUGUGGGCCCACAGCAUGCACGACUACUUUGUGCCUCAUUGAACACAAACCUUCUGGUCAUUCAUCUCUCGAAGCUUUAUAGCUUCGAGAGAGAGCAGGACGCUCCACUCGAUUUAUUUAUGUCCUGGCUGUUUGCGCGUCCUGUGGCGGGAGCUUGA